CUGGGAAAUAAACAGGAAAGCUGCCUGUGUGAGAGGGAUUAAAUCACCAAAAGAUGCUCUUCUCUGCUUAUCCACUGUUUGAAGGACAUAACUGGCAAACAGUCAUCAGAACUACAUGCUGAUCAUCUCUGGAAGAGAAUUCUAUGUUAAUUAAAGGGUAACCCCACUUGGGAAACCUGGAUAUCUGGUUUAAGGAACACAGUCUCCAUGUGUGGAUCCUGCUCCUGGGCAGCUCUUUUUACUACAGCCUGGUAGAGCAGUGGCCUUGAUCUGACCUAGUUCAGCAUCAUCCUCUAAUGGCCAACUGAAUUGCUGACAUUCGUACAUACGUUUACAUUCUACAGAGAAGGUGUUUACAGUAAACCUGUAUCACUUGUGUCUUCCUUGCCUCCCAGUAUGAAAAUCUAGAGAAACCAUGACUCACUGAGCUCAAGAGUGAAUAAACUAAUACAGAAGGGUCUGAUCCAGGUUAUGUAAAUUCAGCUCUCAACCUUUUCUCUUUGAGACAGAAAUGGAACCCGCUGUGUAUGUCAUCCCGGAUAACAACCUUGAGCAGCCGCCUGUUUAUGAUGUGGUCUCUAAUACACAAGUGCAACCUGCACCCAUACCCUACAACACCCAAGUACAUUCUAACCAGUUUGUAGCGGCAUCACCAAUUUCACCCUUUCAAUGGAGUUUUAGAAAGAAGGUUUUAAUUUCUAUUGGAACUGUUUCCAUCGUAGCGGCAGUAAUUGUGGCUUCAGUACUUACCGGGUACUUUGUCAGUACAACCCAAAGUGUUCCAUACUGCCAAAAGCGCUGUAGCUACAGUUCCAAGUGUAUCUAUGGCUACCAGAUAUGUGAUGGUGUACAAGACUGCCCUUAUGGAGACGAUGAAAGAAAUUGUGCCACAACCUGCCUGUACUGCAGCUACUCUUACACGUGUAUCUAUUAUUACCAGAUAUGUAAUGGUGUACAAGACUGCCCUUAUGGGGAUGAUGAAAGAAAUUGCGCCACUAAAACCCCGAGCACACCAACCUGUCAAAUGUACUGUAGCUACUAUUACACAUGUAUCUAUGGCUACCAGAUAUGUAAUGGUGUACAAGACUGCCCUUAUGGAGACGAUGAAAGAAAUUGCGCCACUAAAACCCCGAGCAUACCAACCUGCCAAAUGUACUGUAGUUACACAUCCACGUGUAUCUAUGGGUACCAGAUAUGUAAUGGUGUACAAGACUGCGCUUAUGGAGAUGAUGAAAGAAAUUGCGCCACUAAAACCCCGAGCAUACCAACUUGCCAAUUGUACUGUAGCUACUAUUACACAUGUAUCUAUGCCUACCAGAUAUGUAAUGGUGUAUUAGACUGCCCUUUUGGAGACGAUGAAAGAAAUUGUGUCAUAGCAACAACAGGCACGCCAACCUGCCAAAUAUAUUGUUGGGAUUUCAUGUUCGAUUACACAUGUAUCUAUGCCUACCAGAUGUGUGAUGGUGUAAGACAAUGCUAUUAUGGAGAUGAUGAACGUAAUUGUGUCACAGCAACCACAACAACAGCAACAACCACAAGCCCGCCAACCUGCCAAAUAUAUUGUAUGAAUUUCAUGUACUAUUACACGUGUAUCUAUGCCUACCAGAUGUGUGAUGGUGUAAGACAAUGCUAUUAUGGAGAUGAUGAACUUAAUUGUGAUACAAGAACAACAACAGCUUAUUGUGAAAAGAGAUGCGGCUCAUCAGUAAGUUGUGUCCUGUCUUCCCAGUGGUGUGAUGGAGAGUCAGACUGUCCUUAUGGAGAAGAUGAAAUGUCCUGUGUGAGAUUAUAUGGAGCAGACUUCCAACUGCAGGUCUAUUAUACAUCAGUGUCAGCAUGGCUGCCUGUGUGCAGUGAUUACUGGAAUGAUGACUUUGGAAGGUUUGCCUGCCAGGACUUUGGAUAUAACGGGAGCAGCUAUAACAGAUAUGAUACUUUGAUGUCCCCAUACGCCCCUAAUGGGUAUUUCAAGUUAUACUCUGGAUACUGGAGAAGCAAAUUCUAUACAAGUGUUCAAUACAGUUCUUACUGUUAUUCUGGAAACGUGGUCUCCUUACAUUGUAUAAGCUGUGGUAUAUCUAAUAACAGUUUAGUCAGUCGAAUAGUAGGAGGAACUUUCGCCAACUUGGGGAACUGGCCAUGGCAAGUCAAUUUACAGUACAUAACAGGUGUUCUAUGUGGUGGGUCCAUCAUUUCACCCAAGUGGAUAGUGACUGCAGCUCACUGUGUAUAUGGAUCUUACUCAAGUGCAUCUGAAUGGAGAGUUUUUGCUGGGACACUGACCAAGCCAAGUUACUAUAAUGCCGGCGCCUAUUUCGUGGAAAGAAUAAUUGUGCACCCUGGUUAUAAGUCUUACACUUAUGAUAACGAUAUUGCUCUAAUGAAACUAAGAGAUGAAAUAACAUUUGGCUAUGCCACACAGCCGGUGUGCUUACCCAACUCUGGCAUGUUCUGGGAGGCUGGCACCACAACUUGGAUAUCUGGUUGGGGAUCAACCUAUGAAGGAGGUAGUGUGUCCACAUAUCUGAAGUAUGCUGCAAUUCCACUGAUUGACUCGAAUGUGUGCAAUCAGUCAUAUGUGUACAAUGGGCAAAUUACAUCUUCUAUGAUAUGUGCUGGUUAUCUUUCUGGGGGAGUAGAUACUUGCCAGGGGGACAGCGGAGGACCUUUAGUUAACAAAAGAAAUGGCACUUGGUGGCUUGUUGGUGACACCAGCUGGGGAGAUGGUUGUGCCCGAGCCAAUAAACCUGGAGUAUAUGGGAAUGUGACAACGUUCUUGGAAUGGAUAUAUUUACAGAUGAGGACUUACAGAUGAUUAAUUCUACUCAUGAUUUUAUUCUGAUGAAGAGGAAGAUUAUACAGAACAUAUGAUAAUAGUCCAUAUUCCUUGGGUAUGGACAGCGUAAAAAAAAAACACGUCCAAAUUCCUAUGGCAGAUUUUAGCUUAUUUAUUACUAAAAUAACGCCAUUGAAUCGGAUCACGGAAAAACUCGAUAAAAUCGAGUGCAAACCCAAUUUGCUCAAAUUUUUCAGGCUUUUUCCCAAAUUGCUUGAAUUUAUCAGGCAUUGUUCCCAAAUCGCUUGAUUUCGUAGAGUUUUUGCUGAAAACCCCGAAAAAGUCAAAUUUUAAUAAAAAAUCCUGAAGACCCAAUAACAAUUUGAGAUAGGAGUAGCGCCCAUUGAUUCUACAGGUCUGAGAUGGCAAAUUUUUCGAUUCCGGCUUUUUGCAUAAUCAGGGUAUAAUAAAUCUCAAAAAAUUCAAUGUUUCUUUUUCAUCCAAAAAUGUGAGUUUUCUAGUGAAAAAACAAAAAUUUUUGAAUUUUUACUAUUGGGACUUUAAUAAAUAACCUGCUGUAUGUUAAUUGUGUUACCCUCCAGCUAUUGGUGAACUGCAGCCUUUCCAGACCCCUCAUUCUCUUACUCUAGGCCUGGUAUCUCCAGGGGUUUUGGACAAUGAAGAUCAUUUGAAGUUACAGAACAUUAAAGUUAAUUUUUUCACAAUCCU